UAAGUAGUGUUGGAAAAAAAUGGAGGAAAAGAAUAAAGAGAAAAUUGAGUCAGAAAAUAGUGCCGUACACAAAAUUCUUACAAAACAUUCUUUCCCACAAAUUGACAAAGAAAUGAUUCGAUUCAAAGGUCAUUUCUUCUUCUUCUACGGUGUUGCGGGUACUAUGACACCUUAUCUCCCACUUAUAGCAAGAACAAGGCUAAAAUUAACUGCAACAUCUUUAGCCACAAUUUUGACUGCACAGGUUUUUAUCACCAUUUUAUCUAAACCUCUAAUAGGAUACUUAGCAGAUUAUUUCAAUAGAAUGAAGUUGAUUUUAUCCACAUUACUUGUAUUACUAUCAAUACUUUACUUAUUACUUUUAAUCAUCCCUCCCAUUGAAAAAUACCCAGAGCCAUUAAAACUUCGAAAUUCUGAAGAAUUUUUACAAUUUGUAAAAAACUUAAGAAAAAUUCAGAUAAAAAACCAGACUGAAAAUUAUUAUGUUAGAUAUAAAGAUAAAAAUGGUUACGAUGUGCUAUGUCUUUUAUUUUAUUACAAGGCAAUUGUUUCUGGAGACAAUGAAACAAAUGUGAUCACUUUAGAAUCAAAAAAUCCUUAUCAUUGUUUAAUUAUCGCUUUGCAAUUUAAAGAAAUAGCAACUGAUGAGAUAGAAAACGUAUCUUGUCAUUCAUUAUUCGACACGAUGUAUCAAGUAUUAAAUAAAUCUUUAAGUUGUACAACUUUUAUCAAUUGCUUUUUUCGAAGUGAAAUAUUAAUUGGAACUAAAAAUUAUAAUUUUAGAACUGAGCAUACAUCUAAAAACCAAUAUGAUGUUUGUCUUUCGAUCACCAACGAAGCAGAGCUGUUUUGUUUUUUAAAAAACAAUUGCACAAAUUACACAUUAGGCAGAAAAAUUCAUGGCUGUUGUAAUAUGAACAUGUCCUUUUUCAGAGAAUCGGAUCUAAACAAAACUUCAGAUAUCGAAAGUUCCUUAUUCGAUGAAUUUGACACAGUAACUAACACAUCGGAUAAUGAUUCUUAUAAAUCUUUGUUAGAAAAAAUAAAUCGAGCAUCAAAUGAAUCUUCCUGUUGUAUAAUUUUUCUUGUAACAACCAAUACACUACAGAAUGUUUUACGCCAGCCUUUAAUUGAAGAGAUAAAUCAAAUUUCAAACGAUACUUCAAACAUAAAAUAUUCCUUAUUUAAAGAAUUCGAAACAUUAGCUAAUGCUUUCGACUAUGAUUCGUAUCAAUCAUUGCUCGAAAAAAUGAAUCGAGUAUCGAAUGAAUCUUCUUUUAAAAUUUUUUGUACGGCAACCAAUUCACUAGAUAAUUUUUCUUGCAAGCCAUUACUUCAGGUCAUAAAUCAAGGAUCAAAGGAAUCCUUUCGCGGUACAAUUUAUGAUUCUGGGAAGUUAGAAAGUAUCAAUCAGAUUCCAAUCACUAUUGACUUUGAGACGUACCAGUUCUGGUUUUGUGCAUUCUUAAUGAUUGUUUCUGGCACAUGCUUAAGCUCUCUUUAUACGCUCUCGGACACUAUCUGCUGUGAGAGUGUGCACGCACUAGGGAAAGACUUUGGUAAGCAAAGAUUAUACUCUGCCAUUGGAUGGGGCGGCUUGGCGUCAAUCGGUGGUUAUUUAUGUGAUGUGACCAAUAAUUAUUUCGCCGUAUGGAUCCUCAUGGUACUCUUACAAUGCUUGACUUUAUGGAAUCUUUUCAAAAUGGUUGUGAUUAAGCCAGAUUUGUCAAAAAACAUUUUAAGAGAUAUUAGACAUGUUCUGAAAUCACCCGAAUUUUUAGUCUUCAAUGGCGGAGUUCUGAUGAAUGGCAUGUGGUUGGGAGCAAUAUGGUUUUUCCUUAUUGUAUUUUUGGACUCACUCGGAGCAAGCAAAUUCCUUUGUGGUUUUAUUACGGUUAUACAGUGUUGCGUUGGAGAAAUACCAUUCAUGUUUUAUUCAGAGUGGAUUAUUAAUAAACUGGGGCAUUUCAAUCUGAUUUCUUUGUCUUUACUUGCAUACGGUAUUCGAUUCAUGUGGUACAGUUAUCUUCAGGAUCCGUGGUUAGUGCUUCCUGUCGAAAUUCUGCAUGGAUUUACUUCUGGAAUAUUCUAUCCUGCAGUUGCCACUUAUGGAAAGCUAAGUUCCAGACCUGGAACAGAAGCUACAACACAGUCAAUUCUUUUUUCAACUCAUGAAGGUUUAGGUAAAUACAAAAUUUAA